AUGGCUAAAGAAGUAGCAGUUAUCAUCGUUGGACAAAAUUCUGAAAAGAGAAAUAUCAUCCUGAACAGCAGAGACGAUAAGUUAAAGCGAAUCAGUGAAAUCCAUCGCGCGUAUGAUACUUUACAAUAUCCUCUGAUGUUCUGUCGUGGAGAAGAUGGCUAUCACAUUAAUAUUCCUAAGCGUGAUGAAAAAACUAAGCGUCCUCUAAAUAAGACCGUGUCAGCUUCUGAGUUUUACAGUUAUAGAAUAAUGGAGCGUAAUGGAGAAGAAAAUCAUUUACUUUUAUUUCGCACUCUAUUAAAUCAAUUUUUGGUUGAUAUGUAUGCGAAAAUUGAAACUAAACGACUUAAUUGGAUUCGUAACCAUCAAACAAACUUACGAAGUGAAGAAUACGUUCACCUUAAAGACGCUUUAACGAAAACCGACGGUCAGAUAACAAAAAUAGGUAAAAUGGUUGUGCUGCUAUCUUCUUUUACUGGUGGGCCACGAUACAUGCAUGAACGAACUCAAGAUGAUUUGACUUAUGUACGUCAUUUCGGACGUCCAGACUCAUUUAUUACGUUCACUUGCAAUCCAAAAUGGAAAGAAAUUGAAGAGCUUUUAGUUCAAGGCCAAAAAUCUCACGAUAGACAUGACUUAAUAGUAAGAAUUUUUCACGUGAAAAUUAAGCAUAUGAUGAAUCUUCUGACAAAAGGUUGCAUUUUUGACAAAACGAAGUGUCAUAUGUAUACUGUGUUAGAAGAAAAGCUGAGACCAGAAUCUAUUGAUAAGGUAAUUAGUGCUGAACUGCCUAAUCAAGAUCAAGAUCAAGAACUAUAUGAAAUAAUAAAAACAAAUAUGAUUCACGGUCCAUGUGGUUCUUUUAAUAGAAAUUCUCCCUGUAUGGUGGAUGGUUCAUGCACGAAAAAAUAUCCAAAACAUUUUAUAAAGGAAACCCAAACAGGAGAAGAUGGAUAUCCUAAAUAUCGUCGGCGAUCUCCUGAAGAUGGUGGAGUAACAACAAUAAUAAAUGGAAUUAAUAUAGACAAUCGAUGGGUGGUACCGUAUAAACCUGUCCUGUGUCGUACAUUCAAAACUCAUAUAAAUGUUGAAGUUUGCAACUCAGUGAAAUCAAUUAAAUAUAUUUGUAAGUAUAUAAAUAAGGGAUCUGAUCAAGCACCAUUCACUGUUGCAGAUCUUGAUGAAGUGACAAAGUAUGAAGCAGGACGAUACAUUAGCACUUCUGAGGCAGUUUGGCGAAUACUGAGUUUUCCUAUCCACGAGAGAUUCCCUCCAGUUAUGCAUCUUGCUGUACAUUUAGAAAAUGGUCAACGAGUUUUUUUUAAUGAAAAUAAUAUACUCAAUCAGAUCAACAAUUCCAAAACAACACUUAUGGCUUUUUUUUAA